AUGCACAAUCCACGAGCGCAAGCGACUACGGCCCUCAAACGUCUGAUGACCGAGUAUCGACAACUGAAUAACAAGAACGCCAAGAAGUCCGAUAACGAGGAGGCGAUGUUUGUUGCUGGUCCGAUUUCCGAAUCAGACUUUUUUAUCUGGGAAGCCUUGGUUGCUGGACCUCAGGAUACUCCGUUCGAAGGAGGCCUGUUUACGGCCAUUCUAACCUUUCCCCGAGACUAUCCUCUAUCGCCCCCCAAGAUGACUUUCAAACCUCCCCUGCUUCAUCCUAACGUCUAUACUACCGGUGAUGUUUGCAUCUCAAUCCUUCAUCCACCGGGAGAAGAUCCAAAUCAAUACGAAUCCGCUUCCGAACGAUGGUCUCCUGUCCAGUCUGUAGAGAAAAUUCUAUUGAGCGUCAUCAGUAUGUUGGCUGAACCUAAUGUCGAGAGUGGUGCUAAUAUUGAAUGUUGUAAACUUUAUCGAGACGAUCGAAAGAUGUAUGAAAAAACUGUGCAACAGUUCGUUCGACAACAACUCGAGUUGUAG